CACACCUAUCUUAAAUAUCCUUUCUUUUUACAAUCAAACUUGUAGCAUAAAAAAAAAAAAUACCCUUUUGUUAGUUUAUUGGACUUCACAUUAUUAUACCAAGAAAUGGCUCUACAAGCUACAUCUUUUCUUCCUUGUACAUUGUCCAUCCCUAAAGAGGGAAAGUCAAAUGGUUGCCUCAAGGACUCCAGCUUUUUUGGGGUGUCCCUUUCAGACUAUGUUAAGGCUGACUUCAAUUCAUCUGCUUUGAGGUGCAAGAGAGAAUGCAAUGCCACAAGGCCAACUGUAGCACCAAUCAGAGCACAAACCUCUGCAGUGGCAACACCAGGAGUGACCAAAUCAACAUCAGAGCAAAAGAAAACAUUAAGAAAGGGCAGUGUUAUAGUCACCGGUGCAUCCUCCGGUCUAGGACUCGCAGCCGCCAAAGCAUUAGCUGAGACUGGGAAGUGGCAUGUAAUCAUGGCGUGCAGGGACUUCCUUAAGGCCGAAAGGGCGGCUAAGUCGGCUGGUAUGGCAAAAGAGAACUAUACCAUAAUGCACCUUGACCUUGCUUCUCUUGACAGUGUCAGGCAGUUUGUCAACAACUUUAGGCAAUCGGGAAGGCCCCUUGAUGUGUUAGUUUGCAAUGCUGCUGUUUACCUUCCUACUGCUCGAGAACCUACCUACACGGCUGAAGGGUUUGAGCUCAGUGUUGGUACUAACCAUCUGGGUCAUUUCUUGCUCUCAAGGUUGCUGCUCGAAGACUUGAAGAAGUCCGAUUAUCCUUCCACGAGACUGAUCAUAGUUGGAUCUAUAACAGGUAACACCAACACAUUGGCCGGAAAUGUGCCUCCAAAAGCUAACCUAGGAGAUAUGAGGGGACUUGCGGGUGGUUUGAAUGGCCUAAACAGCUCAGCCAUGAUCGAUGGCGGAGACUUUGAUGGUGCUAAAGCAUACAAAGACAGCAAAGUCUGCAACAUGCUCACAAUGCAGGAAUUCCAUCGCCGCUAUCAUGAAGAAACAGGAAUCACAUUUGCCUCUUUAUACCCAGGAUGCAUUGCUACUACAGGGUUGUUCAGGGAACACAUCCCCUUGUUUAGGCUUCUUUUCCCUCCUUUCCAAAAGUUCAUCACAAAGGGCUUUGUCUCUGAAGACGAGGCCGGAAAACGACUUGCACAAGUUGUGAGCGAACCGAGUUUGACAAAAUCAGGUGUAUAUUGGAGCUGGAACAAAGCUUCUGCCUCGUUCGAGAAUCAACUUUCGCAAGAAGCCAGUGAUCCCGAGAAGGCUAAGAAAGUUUGGGAGAUCAGUGAAAAACUAGUUGGUUUGGCUUAAUAUCUUGCGAUGUUAUUUCAUCACAUAGAUUAGUGCAGAUGCUUAACAAGGUUGCAUCCAAAUUUCUCAGGGUUUAGCUAGGUGCGAAAUGAUUGAGAAUUUGUGCAGUUUGUAAGGAAACUAUUGUUUUUGUAAGUAGUUUUCACAUGUUUGCAAAUCAUAAUAAAAAAACUACUACUCUUGUCUCUUGGGGAUU